GUGUUGUUUUGAGUUCAGAACAUGACAACCUUGAACCUACUGAACAUUUUUUAUUUCAGCCAGAGGAAUUUGUGAAACUAGAUACUUCAGUACAAGGAUCAGCAGAAUUAGAUGAGCUUGAAACAUUAGAAGAAGGUCCUGUUAUGAGGUCGGAAUUAGUAAAUAUUGAUCCUACCAAAUUUCCUUUAUUAACUCAUCUAAUAGAAUUAGCUGUUGGAUCACGUUUUCCAUUCUGGUUAAUUGCUGAACAUUAUAUCAAGGAAUAUAGGCGACAAAAAGGAUUUGCUGUUAAUCGUUAUCAGGUUGGUUAUCACAAGGAUGCUGGUUCAUUUAAUCAAAUUGUAAAAAGACAGACAUUUUCAUGUGAAUAUGCUGGAACCUACAAGCCAAAAAAGACAAAACCAUUAGACCAACAACGUAACAAAGGAUCAAAAAAAACAGAUUGCAAAUGGCAUAUUAAUUUGUCUAAUCCUGAAUACAGUAGUUUUAUACAUGUGAAUUUUGUAGAUUUAAAACAUAAUCACGAAUUACUUGCUGAUAAUACAAAAUUCGCUACAAAAUUUAGGAAAUUUGAUCCUUUAGUAUUAGCAGAAAUUGAGCGUACAAAUCUUUCUAAUGCUAUUCAGAAAAUUAAACAUGAAAAUCUUAUUACUGGAUCUGAUGUAUCUAACUUAUUAAAAUUUUUACUAAAUCAACAAAAAGAAGAGCCAACAAUGUUUGUACAACUAUUAAUUAAUGUAGAUAAUGUUGUACUUUAUGAUAAUACUUCCCGAACGAACAAAUACAAUUUUCCAUUAUCACUGUUUGUAAUUGUUGAUAACGAUAGAAAAUCACGCUUAGGUAUUGAACCGAAAGUCAUAUUAACAGAUAUGGAUGCAGCUAUGGAGCUUAAGGCUAAACUCGGAAAGACAGCUUUUAAGCAAUUUGUUUAUGACUUUUGGAAAAUGCGUAAUUCGUUAUGUAUAAAUAUCUUUGAACAAAGGUUUGAGACUUUGUUAGAAACUUAUUCUAAUAUUAAUGAAUACUUGCAAGAUUCUAUUUACUUAACACGACAUUCUUGGGCAUAUGCAUUUAUAAGCCGUAUCUUUACAGCUGGUAUGCAAUCAACACAAUAUGUUGAAUCAAUUAAUGCAAUUAUCCACAAAGCCGUUUCUUCUAGUUCAACUAUGUUUGAUGUGGCCAAAGCUUUAGAUUCGCAAAUACAAAGAGAAGCAUUGAAUAAAGACUUUUUAUUAUGGAAAUAUAAAUCAAUGACAUAUUAUCAACCAUUUGUUAAGCAAAUGUGUGAAUCUGUGCUUUAUAGAUAUGAAAAAUUAUCUCUUGACGAAGCUUUUAAGUUUAAUGAAGAUCAAUCGGAUCAAUGGAAGAUUUAUGAAAACUAA